AUGGCCCUGAAAAGUGAGUCUGUGUUGCCCUAUUACACCGCCCAAAGUGCCUCGGGCGUGGGCUUGUUCAAUACUGCCAUGGGAAAACUACAGAGGCAACUGUAUAAGGGAGAAUAUGAUAUUUUCAAGUAUGCACCAAUAUUUGAGAGUGACUUUAUCCAGAUCACCAAAAGGGGAGAAGUGAUCGACGUGCACAACCGUGUGCGGAUGGUGACUGUGGGGAUCGCGAGUACCAGCCCCAUCCUCCCGCUGCCAGAUGUCAUGCUGCUGGCUCGGCCAGCCACGGCGGCUGAAGACCAGGCUGGACGAGGCCACACCAAGGGAAGAAAGCGCAGGUCCGCAAGGCCACUGGAGCUCACCAGGCUCCUUCCACUGAAGUUUGUAAGGAUCUCUGUUCACGAUCGCGGGAAACAACAGCUCCGCCUGAAAUUUGCCACCGGCCGCUCUUGUUACCUGCAGCUGUGUCCCCCUCUCGAAGCACGGGAAGAUCUCUUUGCCUAUUGGGAAAAACUGAUUUACCUUCUGCGACCACCUGUGGACAGUAACAGCAGUACCUAUGCCAUCCCGGCUGAGGACACCAUAUGCAUGCCUGCGUUUGAGGAGGUCGACAGGACCAGUUUGACAGCCGCCGAGUUCCAAGGGAAAGGAGAUCAGGACCAAGUCAGCAUCAGGAGCCUCCACCUUGUCCAUGAAGUGCACGGGGCCACCUCCGCUGCUUAUGCUGGUGGGGAGAGAACAAAGUAUGACAAAGCCACUACCUUGUCUGAAGCAUCUACCACUAAAAGAAAACCUACCAAAGACUCAGCAGCUAGAGCAGGAGCAGCCGCCAUUGCAGGUGCUUACUUAGCAGCAACCAAGUCUGCAAGCUCUGGGCAGGUAAGCGCAGCCAUUGCAGGAGGGGUAACCACAGGGGCAAGAGGAAGCAAAAGCCAUCUGGCUAUUGUGGGCACUUCCAAGACCUCCCCAAAGAGCUUUAGAGUUGCCAUGGCUGGAGCAGCCAGCAAAUCCAUAGCGCACAUUCCCCACACAUCCAUCAACCCCCGCCCAGAAGGCAACGUGGGAAUCACAAGAAUAGACGUUGCUCGCAAUAACAUUGAACUAGAGGAUGACUUAGCCCUUGAAUUGCUCAGCUCUCCCUUGCUGAAUGAAAGCCGGAUGGGUAGACAGGCUGGCCGGCAGAGAACCUCUCCAAACACAGCCCGCAAGGAAAGGAGGGAAAGAAGGGAGCAGAGAGAAAAGGACCGAGGCGCACAUCAAACCAGGACCGGGGAAAGUCAUCGCAAGACAGGGGGGGACAAGAUAACCCGAAAAUCAUUAAGUCACAGAGCCACUAGAGAGGAUAAGAAGGAAAAAGGCUCAAUGGGCACCUGGGAAAGUAGGCACAUUUCCCACAAGGGCAGUAGCCACAUCCCCAUCGCAAAGGAGUCAAGGACCUCCUACAAGUCUGGGAGGAGCUUUUCCACUGCAAGUUCGGCUUCCUCAAACAAGAGAGUUGGCCGGAUCAGCUCUUUCUUGAGGAACAUCAGAUCCAACCUUGCUACGAAAGGGGUAGCCUCACCGCGAGGCAUCACCUCAUCACGUGGCAGAUCUGUGGACAUCGUGGCUAAGACAGUAGAGAGGACCAACAUGGAUGCCAUCAUGGAGACAGCAGAACGUGGCCAGGGACUGGAGAUCAUUAGUUCUGUGACAUCUGAUAUCAUCGAGACAAUAGCCUUCGAAAGCCAUUAA